AUGGAGGCGGAGGCUUGUGUCUUGCCUGUCAAUGACGGUGAGAAAGGUCAAGACAGGGAACAGAUUAAGGAGGUGUCAAUAGGCCGUCUAGCGCUCCGGACAAGUUUCGAUGAUACCCUGCAAGAUGGCCUAUUCUCGGUUCUCAUUCUAGCAUGGGCUCUUGUACUGCGCAGGUUCACAGAUAUGGACGAUGUGCGUUUUGCUGUCCAUAGCACCCCGACGGACAAGACCGUGCCAAAGGUAAAAGAACGGAGUCUGCAAAUAUGUGAAGUAUCUAUUCCUCCAGAGGUUAAUGUUCGAAGAUUUUUCGAGGAGGUGAGGUACAAGAUGAAGCAGUGGCAACUGGAGCUCGCUUCCGAAGUCAAUACUGUUGUCGUCUUGGGACAUGAGGCCGAGGAGGUCAAAGAGGACGUGGGUCUACUCUUCCAGUCAGGAUGCAAACAGCAGUAUGAUCUUGCGGUUGUGGUCAGAACGAACGAGAGUAUGUCUGAGACAAGUCUCUACUAUCGAACGGCGGCCGUAUCCAAAGCACGUGCAAAACGUCUGGCGGGAAAUGUGGCACAAGCCCUCAAGUGCCUGAUUGAGAAUCCAGAGCAGAUAUUUUGCGAUAUGAAUUUCUGUGGGCCCGAAGAUUAUCAACAAAUUGCCCAGUGGAAUAGCGCACCUAACACCGAGGCAGCACAUGAGUUUGUUGACGACAUCAUACUUAAGCACGCAGUCCACCAGCCCACAGUGGUGGCGGUACACUCCUGGGAUGGUGACUUAACUUAUGCUGAGUUGCAUAACUUGUCCUCAGAACUGGCGGCCCACUUGCAAUCACUUCGUGUCGAGCCAGGGGACCCAGUACCACUGUGCAUGGAAAAGUCCCUCUGGACUAUUGUCUCAAUUCUAGCCGUGAUCAAAUCAGGCGCAGUCUUUGUUCCACUUGAAGCAUCGCAACCAGUGAAACGGCUGGAAAAUAUUAUUGCACAAUUGAAGGGUGGGGCCAUUAUAGCCUCACCUCAACACGCGGCUGCGUUGUCAAACACUGGGAGAAGGGUAGUCAGCGUAAGCAGAGCGGAUAUGGAACAGCUGCCCUCCUCAGAUCAUGCUGUGACCCACCGAACACCGACAGACAUGGCCUAUAUCCUUUUUACCUCUGGAAGUACAGGGGCUCCAAAGGGAUGUGUCAUGGAGCAUCGGGCAUUAACGGGCUUUGCGAGGCACGUUGAACCAUUGCAAGUCGAAAGCAACAGCCGGGUGUUGCAGUUUGCUUCGUAUGGAGUGCAUGCUUCUCUUGUAGAGAUAUUUUGCUCUCUUACGGCAGGUGCAACUCUCUGUAUUCCCUCGGCCCAUGAGCGAAUGAAUGACCUCCAGGGUGCCAUUGAGCGGAUGAAUAUUAGUUGGACACUAAUGACGCCUUCUACCUUGAAGACACUUGAUACCAAAGCAAUGGGCACCGUGCAAACAAUAAUUAUUGGGGCAGAGCCGAUUCCAAAGGACGCAUACGAGGAUUUUGAGGGUAGUUUCCGACUGCUCAUCGGAUACGGAAUGACAGAAUGGGGUGGUAUACUGACGGCGCAGAAGGAAGGAACGAGAGACACGAAAAACAUUGGUAGUCCAUUUCUGGGAAGGAUCUGGCUCGUCGAGCCACUUGAUCACCAUCGACUCGCUCCUGUUGGUGCAGUGGCUGAACUGGUAGUUGAAGGACCAUAUCUAGCUCGUGGCUAUUUGGAUGACCACCAGAAAACAUCGGAGACGUUCAUUGUGAACCCGUCAUGGCUCAUCCACUUCAGUACAGAGCCGAGUCGUGAAAGAAUAUUCUACAAGACAGGGGAUCUCGUUCAAUAUGCCGAGGACGGUACCCUCUGCUAUGUCGGUAGAAAGGAUAAUCAAGUCAAGUUGCGUGGGUACCGCAUUGAACUAGGAGAGGUUGAGUAUCAUCUCCGACAGUGCUGGGACCGUGCAGAGGACGUUAUUCUUACCGACGUGGUUACGCCAACAGACAACUCUGCAACGCCAUCACUAACAGCAUUCAUAUGGGACAAAGAAGCAUCUUUGGCUGAGAAGCUCGCAUCAGUUAGGUCUAUGCUAUUCAUGAUUCCCGACGAACAAUUUCGCACACGGGUGUCAGUGGCAGAUUCUAAACUGCGUGCAGCUCUGCCGGCCCAUAUGGUACCAACCAUCUAUAUUCCCCUUUCGCAUGUGCCGAUGACAUUUUCUAGGAAGAUCGAUCGAAGGACUUUGAGGAUGCAGGCAGCCAUGCUAGACCAGGAUCAACUUCUUUCGUAUAGAACUGGAGAACAGAAUGGCAAGCAUGAGAAGGCAAUGCCGAGAUCGGAUACUGAAAAGGCGCUUCAUCGUAUGUUUGCACUGCUACUCAACCUUGAUGAGACGAAGAUUGGAGUCAACGACAGUUUCUACAACCUUGGUGGCGACUCGAUUGGCUCAAUGCAGCUUGUAUCUAUGUGCCGUGCGGAAGAUAUUCCAUUGUCUGUGGAGGAUCUAUUUGAGAAGGAAACUAUAGCUGAACUUGCUGCUGCUGCCGAUCAGAAUAGGUUGCGGUAG